AUGGAGCAAGACCUGCCAAUCUUCAAAGAAAUUCGUGAUAGUUUCGGACAGCUUGCCCUGCAAAAUGUUCGCCACUGGGAAUGGGCAGUGAUUCGUACAGGCACAACCAAAGAGCAACUGUAUUUCCUACAUAGUUGCGUUCGAAAUAACCUCUUCCCCAAAAGCGUGCAUUACAAACCACCUGUCCAGACGAACAGAGCCCGGGAAAUAGCGAGAACUAUGUCGAAGAAAAUGCUGCAAGAACUGAUCACCGACGCACACAAACGACUGGAAAAGUACACUGCUGCAAUAUACUACUGGAGAGAAAAAUGCGCUGAGCUAUUAAGCGAUGAAUGGAUUUCAAAGCUAGAUAAAGCUAUUGAAAAGCAAAUGAACGUAAAAAGGAAGAUAAAAAGGGAACGUUUGAAUCAGAAACUUGAAAACAUGAAACGUUCAGACAAGGAAAACAGAAAAAACGUGGAGAUGCAACUAGAAAAUUUAUGUAUCUCACCGAGGUCUGCCUUGAACAUCGAAAUUGAAGAAGAAGCUUUCAACUCCUCUCCAGACACUGAGGACCUACCGAGCUUUGCAGCGGCCCUACAACUAAGCCUACAGGAUGAAGGUCAAACUCGGUGCCCAUUUAAGUGUCAUCAAGGUGGUCAGUCAUUUUCAAACCCUCAUCCUAUUGCUUGA